AAAAAACAACAAUAUACUACAAUGUCAAAUAAAGAGAAGAAAAUAUGCUCAAUAGUUACAUAGAUGUAAACAAUGAUAUGGGGACAAAGAGAUAGGAAUAAGAUAGAAGAUAUACAAGAUUUCCAUUGCACUAGCAAAAGAAGACAAGGAGGCAGCAAUACAUUAAUUUUUUAGCUGAUGGAGAAACCAAUGAGUAGUUUUCAUUAAAAGGUCAAACAAAAACAGCUAUUUUAUAAAAAGAAAAAAAAGAAAAGAAAAAACCAAAACCAAACUGAAAGAAGAAGAUCAAGAGGGAAGACUAAAAUUAUGGGUAUUCCUCCAAAAUUUGCAGCAGUAAUGAUAAUAUCAUUCUUGGGAUUGUGCAGUACUAAAGUUACAAGUAUGCCCAAUACACAGGUGCUGACUGUUCUCUGCAAUGCUGGAGUAUAUUCAAAAGCUGAUCCUUUUGCGAUAAGUUUAGCCUAUGUUGUGGAAGAACUGGAGAAGAAGACGGCUGAAAGCAAGAAUUAUGACUACUUCAAUAUCUCUCCAUAUCCUAAUGCUUUUGCAUAUGGUCAUGCUGCUUGUAACCAAAAUCUCACAAGUUCAGACUGCACAGCAUGUCUUGGUGCUGCUAAAACGGCCAUGUUUUCCAGUUGUCCAAGCAGGAUUGGGGCUCGUUCAGUGCUUCAUGAUUGUACUAUUAGGUACGAGCAAUAUCCAUUCAAUGAUUAAGGAUCUUGGGUCCCAUUAAAUUGAUGUGAUUUUCUUUUUUGGAGGGUUCUACUUCUAUCUAAAAAUAUUAUUAUGUACCACAAAGAUUCUCCAACCUUAUCCUUAAUUAUAGAUAAGGUCUUAGUUCCUGUUCUGGUUGCUGAAUGCCUCUUCAUUGGUUCCAGUCUCAUUUUAUCUAAAUCUUUUGAUUCUUGCAGAGAGAUA